AUGCUGUGGUAUGCACAGAAGCCUCGGUACACAUAUCUCAAAGGAGCAUAUUUGGAUCAAGAAGAAAAAGUUUUAUCUGUGACUUUGGAUGAAUGGUCUGAUGAUGAAAUUGAUGCCAUGAUCGAAGUUGGAGGAAACUCAUCUGCUAAUUCAAUUUAUGAGGCCUUUUUACCUGAAGGAGUCUCAAAGCCAGGACCAGAUUCUAGUCAUGAGGAGCGUAAGAGGUUCAUCAGGUUGAAGUAUGAGCUUCAAGAAUUUUUGAAACCUAGUUUACGGAUUACAUCGGGGAAGUCUUCAUCAUCUUCUCUCAAGUCAAGUUUUUCCACAAAGCUUUUUAAUAGUUUUCGAAAUUCAAGUGUAUCACAGAAUUCGGAAGGAAUGGUAGAAUUUAUUGGAUUAUUGAAGGUCAAAGUUAAAAAGGGUACAAAUUUAGCUAUCAGAGAUAUGAUGUCAAGUGAUCCCUAUGUGGUCCUUACUCUUGGGAAACAGACUGUUCGAACCACUGUGAGGAAGAGCAACUUGAAUCCAGUUUGGAAUGAAGAACUCAUGCUAUCUGUUCCGGAAGAUUUUGGUGCCAUAAAGUUGAGUGUUUUUGAUCACGACACAUUUUCUGCUGAUGACAUAAUGGGGGAAGCAGAGAUUGACAUCCAGCCAUUGAUAACAUCAGCAAUGGCAUUUGGAGACCCAGAAAUGUUUGGAAAUAUGCAGAUAGGAAAAUGGCUGAAAUCAAAUGACAACGCCCUUGUAGAUGAUAGCAUCAUAAACAUUUUUGAUGGGAAGGUGAAACAGGAGAUCUCUUUGAAGCUCCAGAAUGUUGAAUCUGGGGAACUAGAAAUAGAACUAGAGUGGAAGCCUGUUGACCAGUAA